GGCUUCAAAUACUGAAUGUCUUCACAUCAGUGAGCAGCACAAGGCACAGAAAGGGCUGUCAGGAAAGAGCAACCAAAACGAUCAAGGGGUCGGAGCAACUCCCCUAUGAGGAAAGGUUUGGGGGCUUCUUAGUUUAGAGAAAAGGCAUUUAUAGGCAUGAGAGCCAGUGUGGUGUAGUGGUUAAGGUGUUGGACUACGACCUGGGAGACCAGGGUUCGAAUCCCCACACAGCCAUGAAGCUCACUGGGUGACCUUGGGCCAGUCACUGCCUCUCAGCCUCAGAGGAAGGCAAUGGUCAACCCCUCUGAAUACCGCUCACCAUGAAAACCCUAUUUAUAGGGUCGCCAUAAGUUGGGAUUGACUUGAAGGCAGUCCAGAAAAGAUAGGCAUAACAAUACAUUUAAGUUUGUUAGUUGAAAUGAGUUCGCAGUGACCCUAGAGCUUAAGAACAUGGCAUCUCCCCAAGUGCCACCGACAGACGAAGACCAGCCUUCCACAGACAUCGAUGAUCUCCAUUAUUCACUGCAAGUGGAGCAGGAGAAUAUGCAAAAGAGAACCUUCACAAGCUGGAUCAACUCGCAGUUGGAAAAGCAUUCACCACCGUCCAUUGUCUCAGACUUGUAUACAGAAAUCAGGGAGGGACAUGUGCUUUUGGAUCUGCUGGAGGUCCUUUCAGGACAACAACUGCCACGUGAGAAAGGAUCUAACACCUUCCAGUGCAGAAGCAACAUUGAAAAUGCCUUGACUUUCCUAAAGAACAGAUCGAUCAAACUGAUCAACAUCCACAUUGCUGAUAUCAUUGAAGGGAAACCAUCCAUCGUGCUUGGACUGAUUUGGUCAGUCAUAUUGCAUUUUCAUAUUGAAGAGUUAGCCCGGACUCUUUCUUGUGGGUACAGUCAUCCUUCUACAGACAGUUCGAGUGCUGUAGAGUCAUCGCCGACAGCAAGCCCGCCAGCAAAAAGAAAUGCUAAAGCAAAGGAACGAUGGAAGAUGUCGGCAAAGAAAGCUCUGCUGUUGUGGGCUAAGGAGCAGUGCGCCAUGCAUGGAUCUAUCAGUGUUGCAGAUUUCAAGUCUAGUUGGAGGAAUGGAUUGGCUUUCUUAGCUGUCAUUCAUGCCUUAAGGCCAGACUUGGUUGACAUGGAGAGAGCAAAAGGUAGACCCAACAAAGAUAAUCUGAAGGAGGCCUUCCAAAUUGCAGAGAGGGAGCUAAAUAUUCCCCGGCUACUUGAACCUGAAGAUGUUGAUGUCAUCAGUCCAGAUGAGAAAUCCAUCAUGACCUAUGUGGCUCAGUUUCUGCAGUGUUUCAAAAGUUUACCUGUGGCUGAAGUGGAGAUGCAGGGAAAAGUCAACCAGACCUUGAGCUGGCUGGAUGCUCAGGAAAAGAAGUUAGCAAAGUUGCUAACAGAGACUGAGAUCAUGGCCUUCCACACGAAGUUCCAAGAGAUGCUGUUGUUUAUGGAAACAUUUCACGAGGAGAAAAAGGCUUUCCUGUCUGUACUGUCACCCAAAAGAAAAGCAUCGGAACUGAGCGGAGAUUACCUGAGGAUAAGAGAAGUGUGGGACAGCCUAACCUCUCAGAUGAAUGAAUGGAAAGCAAAGCUGGACCGUUUGUUACCUCCACCUCUAGAUGCAAUUGAGUCCUGGCUGCAAGAGAUUGAACAUAAGCUGGCAGAAGAUCUACCAGACUUUCAAGUCCCCUGUAAAGCAAUGGUUGCCCUUGAAGGAAAAAGGAGGUCCAUCGAGGGCCUGAUGGAAUGUUUUGAGCAACACUUGGAGACUCUGCAGUCGUUUGAGAACAAAGACGAGACAGGCAUGCUGCUGGUGCCACCUCAGAAGCUGGAAGAAAUGAGGAAGAGGUUCAGCAACAUCCAGCUUACAGAUUUCAACAUCCUUGUAGAAUAUCACCACUUGUUCUGCUCGGUUAUCUUGGAGGAACUGAUAUCUAAGUUGAAUGUCUGGCACAUCAAAUAUGGGACCAAGGAGACUGUGGAGUCACUGCUCUCAGAUUGGAAUAGUUUUAUUGAAGAAAAAGGAUUCCUUGGUCAUCUGGAAACUGCAUUUCAAGUGUGUGAAGAGAAGAAGAACAAGAUUGUGACCACUUCUAAUAUGGGAGCUGAUCCUGAGGAUGCAAGCAAACUAUUUAAGGUGGUAGAAUCUCAGAUUUUCAGAUGCAAAGAAUACAUUGACAAUGUGAAUGCAACCUUGCAAAAGAUUUUGUCAUCCUGGGCCACCUAUACGGAGAACAUGCACUUGCUGAAAGCUUGGCUGGAAGACACACGAAAAGAACAUCCCAAAAAGGUUCCCACAGAGACCUUAGCGGCCUGGAACUUCCGGCACGGAUCCUUAAAUGAAGCGGGAAACUUUUUGAUUGAAUCCAGCAAUGAGGAAGUCGGGUCAGCUGUUUCCAGUGAGCUGAAAAAACUGAACAGAAAAUGGGCUAAGCUAAUAAAGAAGACACAGUUUGAGAUGAGGUUACUGAAAAUGGAAGAGGAUAAAAUGAAGCUAGCAACUGACAGUAAUGGAAAUGUGGAUCCUCCCACGCUUGCAGAACAGGAUACAUGUGGCCGUGCGGUGGAUAGCUCAGAGGAGGUUCUUAAGAUGCAAUUUGAAAAUGAAGAGAUUCUCCCGGUCAGUCUCGGUGCCGGUUCACUAGUUCUGGAAGGAUCCUUUUCCGAAGAAGAAAUUAAGCUAAAUUUUGAAGAUGCUCACAAGGAGCUUGAAGCAUCUGUUUUAAAAGCUAUGCAACUCCUUGGCCAAAAGACAAGGCCCGAGGGACCAGUUUCAAAACAAGAAGAAGCUUUUAGCAUCUUGGAUACCAACAUCCUCCACAAGUUUUUGAAAGCAGCGGAACAAUUGAAAGACAUUUCGCCCAUUGAUGAAAAGGCAGCGGUGGAGGAAAAGAGCAAAGAUGUUCAUGAGAGAUGGGAGGCAGUUCGCCGUGAAAUUGUAUCCUAUGUUCAGUUAAAAAUGGAAAUUGAACGAGGGGAAUUGAAUAAGGCCUUUUCAAAACUCAACAAGCAAAUAAAUAGAGAAAAGAAAUUGCUCCGCGCAGGAAAAACCAAGGGCCUCAUCGAGGAACAUGAGGCAAUAUUUUCUCAGCAAGGUAGCCUGGGCGAGCUUGACACUUCCUUGCAAGCACUGAAAGCCAUGAGCCAGAAAAUGAGGGAGGAAGAGAAGGAGGCUGACAGCCAGACGCCAGUUGCAGAAUAUAAGCAAAAGAAAGAAGAGCUUCAGAGACGGGCUGCAGCUCUUUACCAUGAGCUGGUGUCUAGGGCUGCUGAUGGCCAUUCACCUAAGAGAGGAGGUUUUGCCCUUGCUUCUGCCAAUGGAGAGAAGCCGUCUUCUCUGACUCCUGGUGAUGGGUUUUCAACUGAAAGGAACCCAGGAGAUGUUUGUAAAAAUGUGGAACUAGAAAAGAAACUUCAAAACAGAGGACGACGUGCAGAGGAAUUGGGAAGAGACGGAGACUUGCCUCUGAAGACAUUAAAAGAGAGCUAUGACACAGAGCGGCAUAAUCUAAAGCUUCAUUUAAACACCAUCAGAGAGAAAGUAGCACCUGCUUUUACCGAUGAUGUGAAAGAUAUUUCCUGCCUUCAGAAUAAGCUGCAUGAGCUGGAGGCCUUAGAGAGUAAAGUUAAUUCUUCUUGGAAACAGUUUGAAACUACAGCUUUUCAGUUAGAAAAGCUUUCUGGCGAAAUGGAAAAACCCGCCAUCUGUGAAAAGUCUCGGGAAGAACUGCUCAGAGAGUGGAACAAACUCCAGAAUGAUUUAAAGAAAAGGAUGGAAUCUUUAACGGCUGUUUUGGCACUUUUAUCGCCAAUAGAAAAAGAAUGGGUUCAGUUGUGCGACUCGGAUGAAGAGCUCCGCAAAAGAGACAUACCCUUCAGCAUGCUAACUAAUACUAGCCUUCCGUUCAAGAAAGUGAAGAAAAUGGGGACAUCUAUAGCAAAUUGUAUCGAACGGUGCUGCUUGCUAGAGCAACAUGGCCCUGAAGGAGCAAAGGUUGACCCAACAGAAUGGGAAGAAAUAAAUGCAGUCAUUAGUAAAUACAAAGUGCGAUUGGAAGAACUGGGUUGUAAGAUGCAGGCCUUGGAAACGAUCCUGCGUGACCUUGAAACUUUCCUGGCUUUCCUGACACGUGUGAAACGGUCUGUGGAUGCCUCUGCACCUCUGAGUUGUACUCCAAAAUUGACCGAGGAAGUUGCCCCACAGGAGGUUUCUCUGAUGAAAAGAGAGGCUAAAUCUCUUGAUGAGAGGUUAAGGCGAGUCAGUGUUUGCUUGGAAGAUGCGGAAAGUGGUAAAAAGAUAAGUUGCGAAGAUCUCGUUGCUGCUUUACCUGUCAAGGAAAUCCCUGCUGUUGCCCCUGCGGGGGAACGAGAUGUUGACCAGAACAGGGAAGCGCGGGAAGAAUUUGUCUUGAAGAACAGCGAGCUGUUUAAAAAUAUUCAAGAUGUACAUGAUAAGAUCAGCAAAAUAGGCUUGAGGGAGCCAACAAUUCCUGCAAUUCAGCAAAGGUUGAAGUCGCUCAGUGAACUGAGGCAGAAACUGGAUCGCCUUGCUGUGGAAAUGAGAUCCAUGAACGAAACAGUCGGUCAGCUUUCACGGUCCACAAAGGGCGAGGGAGAAGAAGUCAGGCGACAGUGGAGACUCACGGAAGGCUUAUGGAAGAAAACAAAGCUCACUAUUGCUGAAAAACAGGAACACUGUGUGAGGGUGAUGGAGCUCUUGAAGCAAUAUCACAGCUGCAAAAACUGUCUGACAAGCAUUAUUCAGAAGCAAGAACAUACCCUCUCACAGCAAGUGUCUUACAUGGGGAAAGAGAACCUGCAGAGGAUAACUGCCAAGGUCAGCAUGGUAAAACAAGAAUUUAACAACCAUUCUGAAGAUGUUGACAGAAUAAACCAGAUCUGCAAAAACCUUCAGUCCCAGCUGAACAAAAUGAAAAGCUUUGAGGAUCCUCCUUUCGAGAAUGAGGCUAAUGCUAUUGUGGACAGAUGGCUGGAUAUCAAUGAACGGACUGAAACCUAUUGUGAUAAUUUGGGAAGAGCUCUGGCUUUAUGGGACAAGCUCCUUAAUUUAUCCAGUUUGAUCGAUGAGUGGUCAACUACAGAACUGAAGCACGUAGAUGAUGGCCACCUGACUGAAAAGGAGUUGGCAGAGUUGGAGGGUGGCUUGCAGUUCCAAGAAAAAAACCUAGAGGAGUUUGACUCAAAGGUGGAUGAAAUACAAAAUCUCCUCAAUGGCAACGAGCCUCCACUUGAAUUGCAGGUCAUCAAAUCCUCUCUUUUGAACAAAAUGGAGCUAAUAAGAAAGCACUUAUCAAACCAGCUGAUACCCACUGAACUCAAUGGCAAUUCAGCUGAGCUGAAAGGAGAUCUUGACCUGGCCAAGACGCAGAUUGGAAUGACAGAAUCACUUCUGGAAGCUUUGCUUCCCUCUGAUACCUUGGAGAUCUUUACUAAAUUGGAGGAAAUACAUCAGAAGAUUCUACAGCAAAAACACCAUGUGAAGUUGCUUCAAAAAGAGACUAGUUGUUUGAACCCUGAAGUGGUUGAAUUAAAGAAACAACUCAAAAGUGUCACUGACUUGUUUAAUUCCAAAAAGCAAAUCUUUCAGGAUCACUUUACAACUCUCCUGAAUUAUCGGUGUAAGGAUUUCAGUGACUGGUUCAGCAGUACCUGGCUUUCUCUGAAGGAAUGUUUUGAUCCCUCAGAAACAAAAGAGAUAUUAGAAGAGAAAAUUCAGCGGCUGGUGAGCUUCCUAACUUUUGAAGACAAAGGCAGUGGUAUCCAAGAGGUGAAAGUUCUCCUGAACCAGGUGAAGAGCUAUUUGCCCAAAGUGAAUGUCAACCAGCUGAGCAGCUGGGUGAGGGACCAAGAAGGGGAAUUACAAAGAGUGACCUCCAAAUGUCAGGCACGAGAAAAGGAGCUCCGCAUCUCCUUGCAGCAAUUUGCCAGGCUUGAAUAUGAAUUUGGUAGCAUAGAGGGAUGGCUAAGUCUUCAGGAAGAGAAAUGGCAAGAGAGUCGUCAAAUGGAGAAGCUGGAACUUGAACAUUUUUAUCAAAUUCUACUAAAACAGAGAGAGUCAUUUGAUUCUUUUGCUUGGCUGGCAAACUCAUUGCAGAGUUCUGGAUAUUCAAAUGAUGACGUGGUACUAGAAUCCGCUCAGCUUGUCAGCAGGUACGGGAUGUUGCUCACCUCUGCCCGUAAAAGCCUUGGUGCUUCUCAGGUACUUUUUGCAGAGGAAAAGAAUUUUGAAGAACUUGCCCAGAGUAUGUUCUGCUGGGUGCAGAGGCUGAAAGAGUCGGUCCUUGGGCUAAGGUGUAAAGAAUCCAAGACACCGCUGGAAGAAAGACUGAGGCAAAUAAAGGAGAUUGUACUGCUGAAAGACGAGGGUGAUGCUAAGCUACAAAACAUUGCAUCUCUUGGGGAACACUUGAAGAGUGAUGAUGGGAGCAAGAACCUCGCUGUUCAGCACAUGGUCUCUGAUGUCCGAAACCAGUGGGAGGGCACCAUUCACCUGGCUACCGAAUAUCUAAAGCACCAAGAACAGCUCCAUCUUCAAAGGGAGCAAGACAAGCAAAGAGAAGAUGAUAUAAGGGCAGCCUUGGGUGAACUGGGAAAACAGAAGCAGGAGUCAAGUCUUGAUUGGCAACGUGGCUCACAGGAGGUGCAGAGUCACUUACCAUAUCAUACUGUGCUCCUGCAGGAAGCAGAGAAUUUAAGCUUCCUUUCCAAUGAACUGGCAAGACAGCACACUUCUUUGGAGACUUUCACUGAUGGCUCCAUCUCCAAAGAAUCACUGGUGGCUUUACAACAUCUCCAUGAAAAUCUCCUUCGCCAGUUGCAGAAUACAGCAAAACUCUUGGAAGGACACGCAGAGGAGUAUCAACGUUGCAAAGAGCUGAUGAUUCACUUGAGGGCUGCCCUGAAGGAGCUUUUGGAACCUACUGACAGAGAGCAAAAGCAGGUGCAACAAAAUACUCUUUGCCAAGCUGAAGAGGCAUUACAGGAGAUUAUAGCUGUAGUAGACUCUGUCAGGCAGAAGAUCGCCACGUUGGAGCAGGAGCGCAUUAAGGAUGAGAUGAGCACACCGCAGACGAAACAGAGGAAGCGUUUGAAAACUAAACUUGGACAUGUGGAAGGGUCAGAGGCCGGGAAUGUCCAGAGCAAUAUCCUCAAACAAGAUGCCAUGCAGACCCAGCAGAAGGUUGAUGGAGUAGGAGAUGCAGGGAAACUGCUUAUCUCUGGCAUUCCCUUUGCUGCUGGAGAGAUUGUCAUGAUGGAAGUGCCUGAAGAAGGCCAGAAAGGAAGAUUAGAAAAGCCCUUUAGAGUGAAAAAUGAAGUGGGCAAAGAAGCUCCACAACUUCUCUGGGAAUGGCUGACAGAUGAAGAGCCAUUGCCAAGUUCUGCACCAGCUGAAUCUAGAGAAGGACCAGCUUCAGUUGUUGAGGGGCUAAAAGGCAGUUUGAUGGAAGUCCACAAUUUCCCAGGCUCAACAAGUCAGAGUGGAAAGCAGCUGCAGAAAUCUGGACAAAUGCUGCCUGAUGAUAAUCUUCUCAAUGAGCUUCAGCAGCGACAGCUUGGCUAUCAAAAGAAAUUGCAAGCCGCACAUUGCUGGUCGGAAUUGCCUCUAACCACUUUGCCACUAAUGAACGGAAAAGUGGUGGGGACUAACCCUGCUCCUUCGUCCAUUACGCAUCCAUCACCUGAAAGCAAGGGCUCAGAGCUGGAAAUGAUUUCCCAGGGGUGUCAGCUUCUUCCUGAAGUCCAAGCGACUGCACAAUAUGCUGAGAUGGUACAAAAGGUCAACAAAGUGAAAAGCCUGGCUGCAGAGUUAGACACUGUGUUGGUGGACGAUCAACUGAGAGAGAUAGCGAAUUUAUGUACUCAACUGGAAAAACAGAAGGCCAGUGCUUUGUCAUGGCAAGGAGAAUGCUUGACCACUGCAGAAAGAAGCAAAUCAGGUGUGCCACAACCACGCAGCAUAGAAGCUUCUGACUGGGACAGACUACUGCAAGAUUUAAUAGCUGUUAAAGAGGCCAAGCAGACUCAGUUUCAUUUAGUAAAUGAUUACCAAGAAUGCCUUGCUGCUGUCCAGUCUUCAAUGAAACAUUUAUCGGCGGAAAAAGAAAACAUAAAAACAAGGGGACCCGCAGCAGACACAGUUCUCCUGGAGAAUAUUAAGAAGUGCUUGGCUUCUAUGCAGAAAGAGAGAACCCUUUUGAACAAGCUGAAAACUGCACAAGAAAACCUAUCUAGACAUCUAACCAGGAUGGACGAGGAGUCAACUCAAAGCCAGGUGACUCAAGUUGAGCAAUGGUGGAGACAAAUGGAGGACUCCCUUCAAAGGAAACAGCUCCGGGUUGCAGCGCAAGCCAAUGAAUUUAAAGUGUUCAUAGACAAGGCACAGGACCUCAGAAAGCUGUUGCAACAGCAGCACCAUUUGCGAACAGGCCUGGACAGUCAUAAUGAGGAAGACCGACCACACCCAGCAUUGAUGGCCAUAGAGCUACAAACUCUUAAACAGAGUGUCUCCCUGUUAAAAAGAGGUGCCGAGUUGCAAAUGAAAAGGCUGUGGAGUGACCCAGGAAAAAGAGCUCUGGAAAGCGCCAUAAACAAUUUGCAGAGCCAAGUGGACGAACUAGAGCAGCUGACCCCUAGGGAGGAUGCCCCAAGGACUGGCCAUUAUCCCCAAGCAUAUGGAAUUACAAAGAAGCUAGAAGAGGCCAUUGUGUGGGCCAGGGUCUCGUUGCUCCAUCUUGAGGAGAAGGUCGCACUUUUCCCAGAUGAUCUAAUGUCACAGAUCAAAAGCUGUCAGGUUCUGCUCAGUGCCGCCAAGGAGAAAGAAUCAGAUCUCCUGCUGCUGGCUGAUGAGGCCCGGCGCAUUGCUCCUCAGCUGGAACCAAGAGAAGCAUCUGCCCUCAGCUUCCUUUCAGAAGAGUUACAAACCUGCUACCAAGACCUUGUGCUGAAAUUAGUUCAGAGGUUGCAGCAGCUGGAAUCUCAGCUUGAAAAGAGACAACAGUUUUUUGCAGACACAGAAAAGGUGGGAACCCAUCUUCGAGACACAGAGAGAAUGUCUAGCCCCGAUACCGGUGACACAAGCCUGAAGCCAGAACUGGACCACAGGCAGGCCCUUUUAGAAGAGGCUGCAAAGGAGAUACAGGAGGCAGAAGGCCUUGUAGAUGCAAAUUGCAAAGAUGCACCUCAGGGGCUAUAUGUAUUUGAGCAGUUGUUUCUAAAUGACUCUUUGACAAGCCUCAGGAGCAGAGCUAAGAGAGCCCACAGGCUAAUCCAGAUUAAUUGCCGUACAGUACAAAACAAGAUAGAUGCCUAUGCAAAACUCUCGGGAAAGCUCAUGUCAUUGCAGCACAGUCUUGACAGUCUCCAGUGUGAUGAGCUGGAACUGGAAGCAGCAGAUACAGAUCAAGACAUUAAGGAUAAAUUGAGUGUGCUUAAAGAGAGAGCUUUAGCCAUCCAGUCAAGUUUAUCGCAGUUGGAGAAAUACAAGGAGAUUUGGCAGUGCCUAAAUCUGAAAUGGGACGCAUCACACCUUGAUGAACUGCAAAGCCGGUUUUGCGAAAUGAAGAAUGAGCUUGAGCAGAGGAUUAACUUUUCUGCAAAAUGCAACAGGCACCAAACGGCACUCAGUGAGGUCGAGGCAAUCAUAUCUAUUAUACAGAAAUGCUGUGAUGAUUUAAAAGAUUGUUCCGACACUAUUGCCUCUGAAACCAGUCUGAUGUCUGAAAAGGUUUUGAGCUGGAGAGUGGCCCAUGCCAGGUACUUAGCUCAGGAGGCACUCAGACUGUUAGAAGAAAGCGAGGCCUUUGGUCCCUCUCUCAAGGAGGCCAAGAUGCAGCAAAUAAAGAGCUUGGGAGUAAAAAUAGAAAGGCUGGCAGAAAUGAUCCAGUCUAAGAUAUUGGCUGUUCAAGAAAAAUGCAGGCCUGAGCAAGGUCUUCAGAGCAAGCUGGGUCACAAUCUAGCGACCUUAAAGCAAAUUAAAUCUGAGCUCCAGCAGCCUGUCCUACUUGACUUGGAAAUACCAAUGAUCGUAUAUGAAAAGAUGUACUGUCAAGUGCUUGAAGAUGCUGUAGAAGCAGAAUCUUGUGCUGCUGAAGAUUCAAUAAAGCAAAGGAGAGGGGCUCAGGAAGAAAGAUCUUCCUUCCCUGAUCAUUUGGAGAGUGAAUUGGAAGAACUGCAAAACCUGAAAAUGCAGCUGAAACUGGACGUUGCUGCGCGUAGAAGUGCCUUAGACGAAGCCUUUGGGACUGUGAAGUCUUUCCGUGAAGUGGUCCAAAAGGCUGCCGACCUCCUCACUCAGCGUGAAGCCCUUGUCUCUCCUCUACUCAGCUUCGAUGAACUAGAAGAGUCCAGCCUCCUCUCUCACCAGAAACAAGAAGAAUUUGAGGCUGCAAAAGCUGAAGUAGGAGCACUGGCCUCCACAAUAGAUAACACAACUAAACCACAAGACAAAUUACAACUGAGGAAAACGCUUAGUGAUCUAGUCGCUAAGAGUUUGAUAGUAAGAGACAAGGAGCAGAAGAGAAAAUCUGAUGUGCAGAGGUGUUUGGAAAAAUACUGCAACUUCAAAAAAUCCAAAGAAGUGAUACGUGUUAAACUCAACAAUGUGGAAAAGAUGCUUCAGAAAUCUUUGCACCAUAUUCCAGUGUCUUACAAAGAAGCUUUAGAGCAGGCACAACAAAGCAAGAUGAUGUCCUCCCAACUGGUUUCAGUCGAAGAGGAUCUAAUGAGGUUGCGUCAAGCUUCAGGACAGCUGUGUUUGAUGUGCAAUGAAAACGAUGGUGUGCUGGUUGCCACUGUUGUGUCAGCUUUGUGGCUAAAGUGGCUUCAUUUGCUCAACACUGCGAAAGAAUGGGAGGGCAAAUGUGAAGAACAGAACCAGGAAUGGAAAUCAGUUAAUGAAGAAAUGGAACGAGAAACCAUCAUUCUAGACAACCUUCAGGAAGAACUACCCGAAAACCCAAAAGAGAAGGAAAGAGCCACCAAAGAGGAAUUGCAAGAAUUUCUGGACUGUGCAAACUAUUAUGAAGAAAGUGUGAAUGCCGAGAAAUUGCUGUUGCGCUUAAUAUUUCAGCGCAUAAAGAGCAUCCUUAGCAUCCCAGAAGGAGAAGGCCUUCCUAUUGUGAAUGAAAUUCACGCCAUGGAAAAUCGAACAAAAGAGCUGUUGCAAAAGGCUGAAAAGCAAAAGGAUGCUGUGCAGGCUGAGAUUGAAGAGCGAGCCAAGGUUAACGAGGACAUUGGUGCUGUCAAGAUGUCAUUACAGGACGCUUUAUCUCUGCUCCAUGACAUAGACUUACAAGCGUUUAACGAAAAGGCAGCGAAACUUGAGGAGAUGCAGAGAGCAAUUCACAGCCAGAAGCAAAUUCUCAAGCAGAUCAUGGAUAAAUUACGAAUCAAAUACUCUGAAAUGUAUACGAUAGUUCCUGUUGAGAUUGAAACUGAUUUGGAAGAUUGCAAGCAGACAUUACACAACCUUGAAGAAAAGGUCAGCGUUGAAGUCCUGAAAAACUCCCCGCACUACACCACAGAUAAAAAAAUAGAAGACAUCAACAAAGGCCUCCAAGCUGUUGAAAACAUGUUGCAGCAGAAGAGCAAGAGCAUUGCAAAAGCUAAAGAAAUCCAGAAGAGGAUCUGGGAUAUGCUAGACCUUUGGCAUUAUAAAAUGAAUGAGCUGGAUUUAGAAGUUCAAGAUGUAGUGGAACAAGAUCCUUGCCAGGCUCAAGAGCUGAUGGAUUGCUUGAUGAUUCCACGGCAACAAUACCAGCAGGUUUCGCAGCAUGCCGAGCGCAGAACUGCAGACUUAAACAGGGCUGCUAUCAGGAUGGAAGAAUGUGAUGAACUCCUGAAGAGCACCCAGGUUUGGCUUGAAAACACCAACCGCCUGCUCACAGAGGAAACUAAAACUGACUCUGCAAAAGCUUUGAAUAAGCAUGCCAAUGCACUCCAAAUGGCAUUUGAAGAUGCAGAACAAAAGCAAAGCAUUCUUAGUUCUAUUUAUCCAGAGUUGGAGGAGUUCUCCACUUUGAUUGAAACUGACAGCAUGGUGCAGAAGCUGAAUGAAGUAAAUGAGCAAGUGAAAGACUUGCAACUAAAGAUAAUGGGAAUUCUUCCACACAUCCAGCGCUUGGCCGAUGAGGUGGAAGCUAUUGAAUCUGAAGUGAAAACCAUGGAGAAGAAUGUGGACAAAAUUAAGACUAUCUUGGCCCCUUCAGAAGACAUGCUUGAUUUUUCUCCUAAGGAGCAUAUUAAACAUGGCCAGGUUAUACUGGCUCACAUCAGUCCAAUGCAGAAGACAAUUGCUGGAAUCCAGUCCUAUAAAGAGAACUUGAGGUUACCAGGCAUGAGAAUGCAACCCCUCUCCGUCUUCCAAAGAUCAAAACAACUUUUGAAAGAGCUGAAGACCUUAGAAAGAAUUACCAAGGAACAGAACGCACUGCUCGAGCCAAUUGUGAAAGAGUUGGAUGAAAGCGAGCAAGAACUAGACUUCCUGAAGCAGUUUCAAUUCCUGAAGGGUGACUUGGAUGAAUUGUCUACGGAAAUCCCAUGGCCUGCUCAGGCUGCCUCCUACCCAGAGGGCAAGGAGAUGGAAGAGAUAAAGCGGCGAAUUGCUCUCCUGUGUCAGAGGAAGGAGGACAUUCUAAUGACUGUGAAGAAUUCCUUGAUGGAGCUUCACCAGCGGCUGGAGCAGCCUGAAGCGGAAGAUGAAAUUUUGGAAUCCCCAGAGCUAGAAAAAAGCGAAGCCAGUGUUGACUGGCAGCGAAAAAAGCGAGGAUCAUUGUCUCUUCUACCUUCCUUGGUUGAAGAAGCUGAGGACAACUCAUUCCACAGUGAAGAAGUGGAUGCCAAUGAGCCAAAGCCUGUGUGUGAGAAAGCUGACCAGUGGUUAACUUCUUUGCCUCUGCAGAAAGCAGGAAGUGAUGAGGCUCUUGGCAAUCAGGCUGGGCUCAGCCUUGGCGAAAAUAUCUCUGAGGAGCCCUCGCUGCCUCCGCGUUUUCACCUCUCCAACAUUUUCCCACUUACUACCUUGGACCAGCCUCUUUUCAGUAAGCCAAAUGGUUUGCAGCAGCAGCAGCAGGAGCUGCUGUUGAAGCUAUCUGAACAAAGCAAUCUCAUUGACUUCCUCGAAGUGUACAUGGAGAAGAUGCAGCCACCGUCUGGCAACAGCACAGUCCUGCAAUUACAAGCAAGUGACGAGAGACCAACCUCAGGAAGUGAGCCCCUUGGUCUAAUUCCAAAGGACCAAACGGGUGACAAGUGGCAAUAUUUACAAGAGGAGCUGCUACUCAAGAGGAAUCCCCUUUGCUGUCAGUUCACUGAACCUCAGAUCUCGACCAAAAUAAAUAUUCUACCCAAGGGUGCCGCACCGAGUGUGAUAACUCCAACCGUCGAGGAGCUGAAAACGUACACUGCACAGCUUGGCGAUCUGAGCCAAGAAGCGUCUGUUCAGAUACAGGAAAAUGUGGCUGGAGAAGUUUCCUUAAACUUGGAUCAGAAACUCUUUGAGCUGUUUUUGGCAAUCAGCCGCUGCCUGAACAACAUGGAGCAGAUGUUAAACACCUGCGUGCUCACCAGUGAAGAAGCUCCCGGGCAACAGAUGCUUUAUGAGACUCUCUCUGCAGAGCUCCAAAACCUUCAUGCAGAUAUUGGCAAGAAAAAGGAUGACCUUCUGAGGUCCAUUGCCGCUGCUGGUGGUAACCCUGAUAAGUUCUCCCAGUGUUUUUGCAACUUGCAGGCAUGGCUGCAGUUGACACAAGCAGCUGCUGCUUCAAGGAGCAAGUCUAUGAAAUCUGAGUUGGACCAUUACAGUAAUUAUCAGGAUGAAAUCAGGCGAUUGUAUGAUAGGUUGAUUGAGAAAAGAUCGUCACUGCAACAGUCCUUCAGUGAAUUGAGCGAACACAGUAUCUCCAAGCAGCUCCAGAAAAUGGACACCUAUGAGUUGGAGCUGCAAAACUUUGAGAUGCAGACAGCUAAACUAAGAGACCAUGGAGAAAAACUUAAUUUGCCCGUUGCCCUAAUCCAUGAAGUGUAUAAACUAGAGGAUGUGCUGGAUGACCUCUGGGAGAUCCUACGAGCCAAACAGCGGGAGCUAACCUCUCCAUUUAUUAACGAGCAACAAUAUGAAGCUUUGUUACAGGGGCUAGCUGAGCUCGUAGAUCUUGGGCGAGAGAAAGUUGCUCACGUGUCAAAGCUAAAAACUAUCAGCCGACCUAAUUUACAGUUUCAUCUACAAAAUCACAAGAGCUUUUUCUGUAACCUUAAAACCCACAUGCUGCUGGUGCAAAUGUGUUCCAAAAAAGUGGCACCUUCUCUUUUACAAAAGAGAGAGAAAUCCUGGAACGGGCUGGUAGAGGAGGUCAAAUCUUUGGAACAGCAAGCAAUCCAACACGGAGCCCAUUUGGAAAGACUGUUACAGGACUGGAUAGAAUUUGACAAAAGUUACAUGUCUUUCUACCAAAAACUGGAGGCCCUCUCGUCCACUUUGCCUUCUGUGAGUUUGGUGGAAGAGACAGAAGAAAGGUUAACAGAAAGGACUCAGCUUCUCCAGCAAAUCAAAAUGAAUAUUGAAGGAGAACAGUUCAGGUAUCAUCAGAUAGUGAAAGAAGGAAAGAAUCUGAUGGGGCUUGUGAGCUGUCCUGAAUUGCAAAGCCAGGUUGGGAAGCUAGAAGACCAGUGGGCAUCUCUUUCCAAAAAAGUUGACCAUGAGCUCCAGAGGCUUGAGACCUUGCUCAAACUCUUGUCCAGCUACAACAGAGAUGCAAAGGAGCUGGAUAGCUGGCUAGAGUCUGCUCAGCAGCGUGUUAAUGACUGGAAGGAGCAGUCUCUGAAUGCCUCCCAGGAUCUGAACACUGUCAGAAACAAUAUAUGCAACUUACUUGCAUUUUCUAAAGAAGUUGAUGAGAAAUCUUCCUUGAAGUCAUUGGUCAUAAGCACUGGCAAUCAGCUCUUGCUUAUUAAGGAAUCAGAUGCUGCCAUGCUGCGGUCGGUUUUGGCGGCGUAUGAGCAGAAAUGGGCUGACCUGAUUGCUCCGUUGUCAAGCAUCCAAGAAAAGUUUCACCAGCUUCAGAUGGCAAAGUUGCCAUCCCAUGAGGCCAUCGCAGAAUUAACUGCCUGGAUGAAUCAUGUUGAACGUAAAAGAAGAGACAAGGCUGCCGUGAAUGUUCAGAGUCCUGCGUGCCAAGUGAAAGGCCUUCUCAAGAAGCACAAGGAAUACCUGAUGGAAAUGAACUUCAAACAGGGGAUAGUUGAUUAUGUCAACCAGUCACUGCUACAGAUGACGACUUGUGACGUUGAAAGCAAGCGUUACGAGAGGACGGCGUUUGCAGAACGCCUUGGGGAAAUGAAUCUGCAGUGGCACCGGUUGCAAGGCUCUCUGAAUGGAAAGGUAAAGGAGCUGGAAUGCAUUUUGGAAUCUGCUGCUGAAAACGAAAGCAGAUCCCAGUCCUUGGGCACCUGGCUGGAAGCACAAAGCAGAAGGCUGAAACGAGCAGAGAAACCGGCAAGUUCCAUCCUUGCGCAGGACAUAGCAGAAGAUUGCACGAAACUAGAAAAUCAGCUUGCGGUUAAAGCUAAGGUGGUGGAUCAGCUGCAGCAGGAUUACACAGGUUUAGGAGACUGUGCUGAGAAUCUGGAGUCAGUGUCGAGAAUCAACAAUUUGGAAGAAAUGAGGACCAGAGUCGUCAGCCAGGUUGCACAGCUGAAGAUCUUGACACAGUCUGCUCUAGAGCAGUGGCGGAUUUAUGAUGCAGCUUGGGGUGAAGUUAGGCUGAUGCUUGCAAGUGUUUUGUAUCUCAUGGAAUGUAGCAAGCCUCCUGUGAUGACACUUGUCACACUGAAAAACCAGGUGGAAAAUCUCCAGUCCCUUCAAGAUAAAGCAGAGAAUAAUGAAGAAAUCUGGGCUAAACUCCAAAUGGCUGCUGGUAACCUAAAGAAGCUGUGCGAUCCCUCAUUUUCAAAGAUUAUUGAGCAGAAAUACAAGGAGGCACGCACGAGGUGGACAUUGGUAAACAAAGACAUUGAAGAUCAGCUACAGAAAGCACAAACAUCUUUACAGCUUUGGGAAUCUUACACCAGUUUACAUGCGGAAGCGAUGGGAAAGCUAGAUAAGCAUGAAGAACAAUACAAUUCCCUUUUGGUGGCUGCCAUGCCUGCAAGCCCUACCAGAGACUUCCUUAAGCAGAAGAUACAGGAUGUGAAAAAACUGCAACUGGGCCUUCAGAAUAUCAAAGGAAACUUUCUUCAGGCUUCUGAGCUGGCUGAUAAAAUAGCUCAGCUGACUGAGCCAGCAGCACAGCCACUUCUUCCAGAGAAACUCCAGCCACUUCAAAGGAUCUCCGGUUUAGAGAAGAUGUUGCAGAUGAAAGAAAACGAGUUUCAGUUUGGCCUUUCACAACUGGAGGGUUUUGAGACUUGCUUGGAAAAACUGGAAAACUAUGUUAAAGGAUCCACAGAAGUACUGGACAAUCUCAAGCAAGAAGACAAAGACUUGGAUCCACACAUGAAACAAAUGUUGAGUCUCACGGCUUUGUCUCCUGAGAUGGAGAGCCUGAGUGAAGUCAGCUUGAGGUUGCCACUCAGUGACUUCACUGCAAAGAAACUGCAGAGCCUGAACUGGCAGUGGACCCAGAAGACAGCUAUGGCUCUGGAGCGAUGCAGUGAAUUGCAGGAUGUUCAGUCCGAUGAAAAGUUUCUUCAAAAAUGUCAAAACUGGGUGCAGUUCCUAGAGAAAAUGAAAGAGGGCUUGAUGGAGAAUGUGGGCGGCACGCUAGAGAAACUGCAGGAACAGCAGAGAGAAUAUGAGAUAUUGCAAGCAGAGGUUUCUGUUAAUCAGCAGACUUUUAAUUCUAUCGUGUCAAAAGCUCUGCACAUGCUGGAAGCGGGAGAAGCAGAAAACCGGACCACGUUUAUCUCCAAACUCACCCUGCUGAAGGAACAGUGGCAAAGCAUCAUCCGGAUGGCUCUGCAGAGGAAGAGCGAGAUUGACAACCGCGUCAAGCAAUGGCAAAAAUUCAAAACUUCACUGCAGGACAUCACAAAGUUCCUUACGGACACAAACAGCUUCAUAGCUGCUGCAAAAAGCCAGGACAAGUACAGCUUGCACCAAGUCAGAAAUCUGAGCCACGAUUUCAAGAGCAAGGAGAUCCUCCUUCAGAGGUGGCAAACCAGGUACGCCUUAACCUUGGACUCUGGGGAGACGUUGCUUGGUGUGGCAAACCCUGAAGCCAAAGCUGCCAUACAGCUGGAAAUGAAGUUAUUGCAAGACAACUGGAGCAACACUCAGCUUGAGCUGGAGAAGGUCACAAAGCAGCUUCAGGGCACCAUACAGACCUGGGAGAGCUGCAAAAGGCAAACUGAAAAGUUGGGCCUCAGGCUUCAAGAGCUCCAGGCAAACAUCAAAGAUCCUCUCCCAGUAGAGCAUGAUGAGAUACAGGCAGCUAAGGAGCACUUUAAGGAGCUGGAGAAGUCACUCUCCAAUUGGAGCGAAAACGCAAAAGAACUUGGCACUAUGAAGGCGGAUCUGGCUCGCUGCCUCCUUGCGGAAGAUGUGCUGGUCCUGCAAGAGCAAGUAGGGCACUUGCACAGACAGUGGGAAGAGCUCUGCCUAAGGGUUUCUCUGCGCAAGCAAGAGAUAGAGGACCGGCUCAAUGCCUGGAUUGUGUUCAAUGAAAAGAAUAAAGAGCUUUGCGCUUGGCUGGUGCAGAUGGAAAGCAAAGUCCUUCAGUCAGCUGAUGUCAGCAUUGAAGACAUGAUAGACAAGUUGCAGAAGGACUGCAUGGAGGAAAUCAACCUGUUUAGUGAAAACAAACUAGUUCAUCUAAAGCAAAUGGGUGACCAGCUGAUCAAGGCCAGCAACAAGAGCAGAGCGGCCGAAAUAGACGAGAAACUCAACAAAAUCAAUGAUCGCUGGCAGCAUCUUUUUGAUGUCAUUGGAGGACGGGUGAAGAAGCUGAAGGAGACCUUCGCUUUCAUACAGCAGCUCGACAAAAACAUGAGUAAUCUUCGCACUUGGCUGGCGCGCAUUGAAUCGGAGCUUUCCAAGCCUGUCGUUUAUGACAUCUGCGACGAUCGGGAGAUACAGAAGAGACUUGCAGAACAGCAGGAUCUGCAGCGGGACAUUGAACAGCACACCCCGGGUGUGGAAUCUGUCUUUAGUGUCUGUGAGGUCUUGCUGCACGAUUCUGAUGCCUGUGCCAACGAGACCGAAUGUGACUCCAUCCAGCAGACCACAAGAAGCUUAGACCGCCGGUGGAGGAACAUCUGUGCCAUGUCUAUGGAGAGGCGAAUGAAGAUCGAGGAGACAUGGCGACUGUGGCAAAAAUUUCUGGAGGACUACUCUCGCUUUGAAGACUGGCUGAAGACAGCUGAGAGGACGGCAGCGUAUCCAAACUCUUCAGAGGUUUCGUACACAAAUGCCAAGGAAGAGUUGAAGAAGUUUGAGGCAUUUCAGCGGCAAAUCCACGAGCGGCUCACCCAGCUGGAGUUGAUCAAUAAGCAGUACCGGCGGCUGGCCCGGGAAAAUCGCACUGAUUCAGCCAGCAAGCUCAAGCAGAUGGUGCACGAGGGCAAUCAGCGCUGGGACAGCCUCCAGAAGCGUGUUGCAGCCAUUCUCAGGAGACUCAAGCACUUUACCAAUCAGUGGGAGGAGUUUGUGGGCACUAAGGACAACAUCCUGGUGUGGCUGACUGAAAUGGACCUGCAACUGACCAACGUGGAGCACUUCUCAGAGAGUAACUUUGAUGACAAAAUGAGGCAGCUAAAUGCUUUUGAGCAGGAAAUAUUGCUAAGCACCAACAAGAUCAAUCAGCUCACAAUGUUUGGGAAGCACCUGAUUCAGAAAAGCGAGCCCUUGGAUGCUGUUGUGAUUGAAGAGGAACUGCAGGAACUUCAGAAGUACUACCAGGAAGUGUUUGGCCGUGUCUCCCGGUUCCAUCACAGACUGGCAUCCUGGCACCCAGGACUGGAAGAUGAAAAAGAGACCUCUGAAAACGAAGCCGAUGCGGAAGAUCCCAGGGGGAUGCAGCACAAUCCCUGGUGCAAAACGGCCAUGCAGGAAAUGCCGCCAUCCCAGCAGUCUCUGUGUCACCUUGUGCCCCCUGCAGUGGGUCACGAGAGGUCAGGUUGCGAGACGCCUGUCAGCGUGGACUCCAUUCCGUUGGAGUGGGAUCACACGGGAGAUGUGGGAGGCUCCUCCUCUCCAGAGCAGGAGGAAGAAGAACCAUAUUACAGUGCUCUCUCGGAUGUAGAAAUCCCUGAAAAUGCCGAGGCAUAUCUUAAAAUGACCACAAAAUCUUUGAAAGCAGCUUCUGGGGAGUCUGUUUCUGAAACACACACGUGGCACUCUCCAGAAAGCCCAGUUUGCCGAAAACAUCCAUACAACCAGGGAGAGAUGGUUAGAAGUGUCCUGUUGAACAGUCCGGACACAAGCACUCCCUACAACCCAGGCUAUGUGAAACAGCUGAGCACUGGGAGCCUGGACAGCAUGAAGGAGAUCUCUGGGAUGUUGCCUGGCGACGAACCCCAAGAUAGCCAGAGCCUUGUUGGUGUUGCAGAUAUAGAGAAACAACCAGGAGGCCUCGGGCGAUGGGAGCUCAUGCAAGCCCGAGAUUUAAGCAACAAGCUGAGAAUGAAGCAGAAUCUUCAGCAGUGGCAACAGCUGAACUCUGACCUCACCAACAUCAAUGCUUGGUUGGAUAAAACGGAAGAGGAACUGGAAAAGCUGCAGGAGGCAGAACCGGCCACCAGCAUCCCAGCCAUCCACCAAAGAGUCAAGAAGCUGAAAGAUAUGCUGAAAGCCUUUGAUAACUACAAGGCCCUUGUGCUGUCUGUCAACCUGACCAGUAAGGACUUUAAGCAAGCAGAUAGCAUGGGAUCCAAAGAGCUUCAGAACAGGCUUCGGCGGGUCAAUUUACGCUGGGAGAAGGCAAAUCUUUUGAUGGGAAACUGGAGGAAGAGUUUACAAGAAGCCCUGAUGGGCUGCCAGGAUUUCCAUGAGCUCAACCAGAAACUGCUGUUGUGGUUGGCUGGUGCAGAGAUUCGGCGGCAUCAGGCGCAGGUUAAGGAUCUGAAUGCCGACCCUCACAAAAUACAGGAGAGUCGAAAAGACUUAAUGCAACUAGAAAAAGAGCUUCUGGAACGGCAGCUUCAAGUAAACACUCUGCAGGAGAUUUCUACACACUUGCUUGCCAAAUCCGGUGGAGGAGAUUAUAUUGAAGCUGAUGAAAAGGUUCACGUUAUUGGGAAGAAACUGAAACAGCUUCUUGAAGGAGUCUCACGUGAUUUAAAGGUCUCGCAUGGAAGCCAGGAUGCAAGUGCAUUUCUGCCAGAUGUGGAUGAAUUGGACUCGGGGGGCUCUCGCCAGCUACCAGGGAGACCUUGCAUGUACAAAAACAAGGCUGAUGGAAGGAGCGCCUUGGAGAGUAAGAGCAGCACCGAUAUUAGAGCGGAGGGUAGGGAUGAAGCCACUCCAGCCACCCCCAAGACCUGUGGCUUCUUCUACCGUGUCUUGCGGGCAGCACUGCCUCUUCAGUUGUUCUUCCUUCUCCUGCUGCUUUUGGCCUUCCUGGUCCCUUCUUCAGAGGAAGAUUACAGCUGCACACACAGCAACAACUUUGCCCGGUCUUUCUAUCCAAUGCUGAGAUACACCAAUGGUCCUCCGCCGACUUAACACGCCCGGUGGGUUUUGCACUGAACCAAAAUGAAUUUCCUCCACGGCCACUUCUUUUCAUGCUGCUAACGUCUCUCUGAGGACUUCACAGCUAAAGUUUCUCUCCAGCUUCAUGGUGUCUUCCCACCCAGGCUUAACUAGCCCUGUUGUGUAACUAUGACGGUGUGCCUGUUCUAUUAGCCAAGAUCUCUAUCGUGGCUGACAGUAAUGGAAGCAGCAACCUUCAGCUCACUCAGCUGCUCUCCACACAAGGGGACACAUCACACUUCCCAUCUCAAAAAGUAGAUCCUUCAGCAAUUUCAAUAUUUGGGGUGGGCAGGAAAAGGGUGCAGGGUGCUCAUUCCUCAUAGUUUUGUACAGAAAAUACUUUUUCUAUAUAUUUUUGAACUGCAAGCAAUGUACUUUAUACUUUUGCACAAUGUGUAAUCAAUCGGCUGCUGGUCUUUGUGCCAGGAGGUCUACUGAAUUCUCAAGAUGGUGUUGUCUUAGCAUUGAAGUAAUUUCUCUAGCUAAUGAUGAAUGCCAUAGAGCACAAUCGCCCAGGAAGUUUUCUUUUGGAGGCCCCAUUGAAAUUAAUGGAAGAAAGUAGGGCUUGCAGAGGAGAACUUCUCAGUGGAUUGAUACCAUUGUUUUUGAUAUGGCAGAGAGAAUCCUCUUUUGGUAGUGCUUUGCAUGCACAGAAAUCACAAUAUCUACUUCUGUACUUUGAUAUUGUAGUGGAAAGAAAGGUUUGAUUUUUUUUUAAUGUUACACUUCAAUAUUUUAGCAAUGUUUCCAGGACAAAACUUUUAGUACGUAGAACUACUGCCUUGUCUCAUGUCUUCUUUUGUACUUUUUUUUUAAAUAAAAAGAAAUGACAAUGCCGUUUGCAAGUGGCUUAUAUUGUUCAGUUUUAUUUAAAAAAAAAGAAAUGCUGAACAUAAUUAGUGUUGAUUAUCUCACAUGUAUACAAAUGAAUGAUGUAAACUUGUGGCUUUUUAAUCAAAAGACGUUUACUUUUUAAUCUUUUUUGAAUAAUCUACAGUAAGUCAAAAGAAAGAUCUCUAGAUUUUUAAAAAAUUCUUAAAGGGCACAAUCAAUCCUUAUGCCACUUCAGCAAAAUGCAUGGGCAGAGAGAACACCAUAGGGCCCCACUGCUUCUCAGAUUCUGCACGUUACAUUCAAAUUAAUUCCUAGUUGAAGCAGCCUUGGCAGUGUAAAGUAAAUGACAUGCCGGUUCCUGGAUAGUAGAGGGAGGCCUAGAUGGAGAAACAGGAAGCAAGCACUGGCCCUUAUGGUCUGAAACCUCCAUGCACGCACAGCACAGCUUUAAUUGUAUAUUAGCCACCAUAGCUACAUUGAGCCUCCAUGUGCUGAGGCAGUGUAUCACUGGAUACCAGUUGUUGAGAGGGUUGGAGAGCAGCAGGGUUGAACUACUACUUGUGGGUUUCUUGGAGCAAUUUGAUUAGUCCAUUGCUAGAAACAGGAUGCUAUCCUAGGCAGAUCCAGGGCUCCUCUUAUUCUCAGGGGGACUCGCACCCUAACAUUGUAAGAUUUAUCACAUUUAAAGUGAAAGUGAACUCAGGCCGGUGGUAAGAGAGCUGAAUGGUUUCAUCUGAAUCCAAAAUAUGUUGAUUCUAUGUACAAAUUCCAUCUUUUUUCCCUCAUUAAAAUUCUGCUGCUGUGUGCAGUAACCCUGA